AUGUGGAGGUUUCUGCCCAAACUGCUGCUGUUGGUGCUGGUGGCCCUGCCCGCCACGCUGCCGGGCCCGGGUACACUGGUCUGGGCUCAGGACCUCACUGAGGAAGAGGAGGCUGAGGCGGUGGAUGAAGAUGUGGUGGAUGAUGUCACAGAUGAUGUCGUUGCAGACGAUGAAGACGAUGAAGCUGAAGUGGAGGACGAUGAAAACGCAGAGCUGGUAGAAGACAAAGAAGAGGAGGAGGAGGAGGCGCUGGUUGGAGAGAUGAAGGCUUCUCCUCAUGCGGACACCACCAUCCUCUUUGUCAAAGGAGAUGAUUUUCCUUCCAAUAACAUUGUGAAGUUCCUGCUCGGCUUCACAAACAAAGGCUCAGAGAACUUCAUGAUUGAGUCUCUGGACGCGUCGUUCCGCUAUCCUCAGGAUUACCAGUUCUUCAUUCAGAAUUUCACGGCGCUGCAGCUCGGUGCUGUUGUCCCACCGUCGCGUCAGGCCACGUUCGAGUACUCGUUCAUCCCCGCGGAGCCCAUGGGGGGGCGCCCUUUUGGACUCGUGGUCAACCUCAACUACAGGGAUGCUGAGGGAAACGUCUUCCAGGACGCAGUGUUUAACCAAACUGUGACAAUCACAGAGAGAGAAGACGGGCUGGACGGAGAAACGAUCUUCAUGUACGUGUUCCUCUCUGGGCUCAGUCUGCUCGUGGUGGUGGGUCUGCACCAGCUUCUGGAGUCCAGGAAGAGGCGGCGUCCUGCUCCUAAAGUAGAGAUGGGAACAGCGAGUCAUAACGACGUGGACCUGAGCUGGAUCCCCCAGGAGACACUGAACCAGAUCAUGCAGAACCGCAGAGACAAAGCUUCUCCAAGGCGAUCUCCACGGAAACGAAACCAGAAGCGCUCAGCCGGUUCAGAUGAGUGA